AUGAAAAUUCUUCAGUUCAAAAUACUUUUGGCAGUUAUUGCACUAGCUAUGUAUAUACAGUAUAACGCAGUAAUAGCAAGUUCGGAUGAUAAAAACCAUCCAGAAAAAACCACAAUAAAAAAUCCACUAUUAGAAGAGACCAUGUCGGAAGAGAGCUCUAACUAUGCCGGUGGUUUUAAAGAUAAGAAAAGUCUUUUUUUAUUUAAGACAAAUUGUUCUAUUGCCAGGCUUACCUCUAACAUUCAAGAGGGUCUAUUUGCUUCCUUUAUGGGCAUGUCUCAGUUAAAAGACUAUUCUAGUUAUUUAAGUCUAUUGUGCACUGCGUAUGAGAACUACAAAAUUGAAUUAAGCAGAAAAAUAAAAGAAGUUUAUUCACAAAUUGGCCUAAUAGACAUAUAUCAGACAAAAAUAUUGCUAGAAUUGGAACAAAUGAAUGAAUGUAUAGAAUACAUGCUUAGUUCCAUUAAAUUAACCACUAAUAAUAUUCCAGAGCUUUCAAAGUAUAUUGUAGAAGUGAUGAAUACAAUAAAAGACUUAGAGAAUACAAAGAUGCCUUAUAGUAAAUCCACACCCAAUAUAACCAAUAAUGGAUUAGGCAGUGAGAAAAAAGAGGCAGAAGAAGCUAAUAAUAAAGAAUUAGAAAUGUGCAAAAUAAAAAAUACACUACAGCUAAAACUAAUGAAGCUGGAUACCUCUAUAGCCAUUCUAAAACAUAAAAAAACAAUAAUUUUGGAAAGGAAUAAUUUCGAGACAAAAAUAAAAGAGCUAAUUAGUCAGUCAUACAAAAUAAAUCUGCUUGCCAUAAAUAACAAAGAAGAUCCAGCACAAAAGAAAAGACUAACAGAAAUAAUAGAAAAGUUUCGAUUGCAUGAAAGAAUCUACUGGAACAAAGUUUCUGUGGAACAUACGGGAUACAUAAAAGAAACUUCCGAGCUAAUGAAGUCUUCGGCCCAAGACAAGUAUAGCCUGAAAGAGCUUAUAGAUAAAAUCCAACCCCACAUAUCUGUAAUUCAGAAGCAAGUAGAAAAAGAUAAAGAAUUUCUAUUGACUAUACUAAAAAAUACCCCAAUAGUAGGAACCUGCUUUGCAUUUAAAAAAUGUAAAGAAUAA